CAUUCCUAAAUGUUGCAGGCGGUAUAUUACUAUAAGAAAUAUUGAGAACGAUGCUGGAGCCCGUCUAAUUUCUCCAGAAAAAAGGAAAUGUCGGUAUACCGAUGAGAAUUCACUGAAAGUGUACCGACACUAUUCCUACACAGCGUGCACUGUUCAGUGCAGGAUGGAUGCACAGAUGCGUAUUUGUAACUGCACUAAUUUCUUUAUGCCGAACACUCCAGAACAUUUGAAAUGCAAUGUGAGCGGCAUUAUCUGUUUGAACGAUCACGUUAAUGUUCUUUCAGUCCUGCGUGCAAAAUGGUCGUCACGUAAUGGUUUAUACUGUAACUGUCUGCCAUCAUGUACUGAAGCUGAGAUAUCUAUUAUUAAAGAUUUUAAAGCGACUACAACACAAGGAUUUGCAACAGUACAAAUAGCGCUAGCCAUGUUACCAAGCGAAAGAUAUCGGAGGAACGUUGUUCGAGGAGUUCUUGAUUUAGUAGUAUCCACAGGUGGUACUGGAGGACUAUUCCUUGGCGCAAGUAUCUUGAGUUUCGUAGAACUAAUAUAUAUUCUUCUGCUGCGUCCGUUUUGCGAUAUAUACAGCAGGCGGCAUGAUGAUCCUUGGUAUAAGAAAUUUGGCACUCGCAAGCUUGAGGAUAACAAGUUUGUUCCUAAUCCUGUUUGGAGUUACAACAAUGCAAAACCAAGUAAUAAUCAGCACGAACAUAUACGAGUACAACCGGAUAAAAACGAAUAAUAUUGUUUUAAAAGAAAUAUCAAAUAUCCUUAGAUCUUUUUUUUUACUCUUUAUUUUUAAAGUUCAAUUGGGAUUUGGUUUUGGAUGAUAUAAAUACCUACAUUGUAUUAACACAAUAUAUAUCUUUCUAUAAUUUCAUCAAAUAUAAGCAUAAUAUUUUCUCUGUAA